AAUCUGAAAACUCUCAAUAACUCUCAAAACUCUCAAUGUUGGACAUUUACAUUAAAUUGCACAAUCCAGAAAACUACUGAUUUUAAAUGCAUUUUUAAAAAUCGUGCAAAUUUAAACACAAGUGCAAAUUUCCGUCUUAUUUUACUAAAUGAAAAUGAUAUAAAAUGCCCACGUGAAGUGAACGGAAAUUACACUUGGCCCAUUACACAAGCCAACUCGUCUGCAGAAUCCGAUUCCAUGUGCGAAGAAGGAAAUGUUGGGAAAAUAAUAAGAGCUUGUGAUGAAAAAGGCCAAUGGCAGAAAGUGUUUAAAAAUUGUACUUUCGUAAAACUAUUGAAAUUAUGGGACAUUUCAGAGGAGAUCAAGCAUGGACGUGGCAAUGUGACAAAAGUGGUCCCAGAAGUAUUGGAUGAGUUAAACAAUAUCACGAAUGCCAAAGGAAUUACCAUUGCAAAUAGUCGCGCUUCCGUUAAAAUUCUGGAUUCAGUUUCUCAGGCAGUAAAAAACGCAGAUUCUGAAGUUCCUUUCACGGAGGUGUCAAAAUUCCUUUUAAUUGCGAAUACACUAAUUGAACAGAAACUCGGAACAGAUGAAGAUGCACCGAAUCAGAAUUCUGAUACAAGCACGUUAAUGAUAUCCAUUGAAACAUUUGCCACAGCAAUGGAUUCCACUGAGAAAGGACAACCACUUCAACAAAUUCAGCUAACAGCAGCUGACUUUGAUGCUCAUUCCACAGAUUUUUAUUAUGUGAACUUCACUGGGAAUAGCACUGUCACAUUAAAUGUGACUGGCUGGGGAAAUUUAUCAAAUAAUUCUUCUGUCAGAAUAACUAGCCUUCUUUAUGCAGAUUUGGAUAAGUUUUUAACCCCAACAGAAGAAAACCUGAUGGUGAACAGCCAGAUUGUUACAUCAACAAUGGUUUCAACGAGUAAUCGAACCAAUAAGAUAAACCCUCUUAUCAAGCUUACAUUGUCUCCAAAAUCUAAACCAGCUAAUCUGAAAUCCGCAAAAUGUGUGUUUUGGAAUUCCAGUGUCAUCAACAAUAUGCAAAUAGGCUGGUCAUCCAAAGGCUGUAAGACAGAGACGAUUGAAAGUAACAUACUUUGCACAUGUAACCAUUUAACAUCGUUUGCUGUGCUUAUGUCGCCACUGGUUAUACGCGUUCCAUUUAUUGACGAACUGACCUACAUUGGGUUAAGCAUUUCAAUUAUGUCACUAUUAAUUUGUAUCACUAUUGAAAAGAUAACGUGGAAGGCAGUUACUAAAAGUAGCAUUGCCUAUUCACGGCACAUAACCCAGCUUAACACUGCUGUCGCUUUACUGCUUGCUCAGAUUUCAUUUCUAAUAGGUUCAGUUAAAUCUAUAAAAAUGGAAGAUCAGUUAUGUACAGUUGCUACAAUUUUCACUCAUUUUUUCUUCCUCUCCACGUUCUUUUGGACAUUAAAUCAAAGUCUAACACUCCUGCAUCAGAUUAUCUUUGUUUUCCACCACAUCGGGAGGUUAACCUUUAUAUCAUUUUGUUUUCUCAUUGGCUAUGGCUGUCCAUUGGCCAUAGUAAUUGCUGCAACCACAAGUUUGCUGAAGAAAGACAUGUACAAGAGGAAAGACGCCUGUUGGCUAGAUGCCACGCUGAAUCACAAAUUCUCUGCAUUUUUAACAUUCAUCAUACCUGUCGGAUGCAUUAUUGCCAUCAAUAUAAUUAUCCUGACAAUAGUCAUUUUGAAACUGCUGAGGCCAAAUAUUUCUGAAGGAUUAAAGGAGCAGGAAAAAGAAACAAUUAAGAAAAUCAUAAAGGCCGUUCUUAUUUUCACUCCAACAUUUGGAUUGACAUGGAUCGUUGGAUUUGCCCUGCUUAAGAAUAAUAGUAAUUUUUUAAAUUAUGCUUUUGUUCUAUUAAACUCAUUCCAGGGCUUGUUUAUUCUAUUAGCUGCUGGCUUCACAGAAAAGAAGAUAAGAGAAGCCUUAGUUAACCAUUUCAAACCGAUGGUCUCCCGCACUUCAUCUGAGAAUGUCCAAACAAAACAAUCUUUUCAAUCAUCUACAAAAUAAGAUUAUGAAGAAUGGAAAAGAACAGAAUUUCUACAGCAAUUCAUUUGCUGAUUUCUUUAAUGUUUAUUUUAGUAUACUUCUUGGUAAAAUACAGUAUAUAAAUUCCAAUAUGGUCUUUGUAAAAAUAAGGAAUAAUAAAACGAGUGAAC